AUGCAGGUGGCCGCCCAUCCGGGUAGUCGGGAGAUGGAUUGCAUUGAGCUUGCUGUCCUCCGUGGCGAUGCCAAGGUGUCGGGUACCGUCACCUUUGAGCAGGACUCCGAGUCCGCGCCCACCCGUAUCACCUACGACCUGACCGGCAACGACGCCAACGCCGAGCGCGGCUUCCACAUCCACACCUUUGGUGACAACACCAACGGCUGCACGUCGGCCGGUCCUCACUUCAACCCGCACGGCAAGACCCACGGUGCCCCGACCGACGAGGCCCGCCACGUCGGCGACCUCGGCAACGUCAAGACCGACGGCCAGGGCAACGCCAAGGGUACCCUUGAAGAUUCCCUCGUCAAGCUGAUUGGCCCCGAGAGCGUCAUCGGCCGCACUGUCGUUGUCCACGCCGGCACCGACGACCUCGGCAAGGGUGGCAACGAGGAGUCCCUCAAGACUGGCAACGCCGGUCCCCGCCCCGCUUGCGGCGUCAUUGGCAUCUCCAACUAA